UCUGGAAAAGUCAUUUGAUACUGAAGAGGAGGCUUCCACCCAGCAGCCUCCAGUACUUAUUAUUGAUAGUGACUGAGAGGACCCAGUGGUGACAGAAGAGUCUUCAUGUGAUAUGGGCCAAAAUUCCUCAGUUGAAAAAGAGCAGGAUGAAUUUUCUGCCCCUAAAGGCAAUUCUUCCAAAGAUGUUGGUCAGCAGAAUCUUGGUGAAAAAAUCUGCCAACCGCCAGAGGAGCCUGAGGCUGCACUGAUGCUUUUAGAAGAACAUUUGCCACCUGUUGAAGAGCCUGAACCUGUGGUAGAACAACCAAAGAAAAGGAAAGCUAAGACCAAAAAUAUAUCUGAGACACCUGCUGCUACAGGACGAAAGAGGCGUGCACCUUCAAAGGAGAAACCUAGCUCAGUAAAAACUGAAAAUUGCAAGUCUGGACUGGAUACAGCCUACUGGCCACCAGUUUACACUAAACCAAGGCAAAUGCAAUGGAAAAGAAGGAAUGUACGUAAAGUACCUGGAUGUUUCUUGCUUGGCCUGGAAAACUCCAAGCAGUAUUCUGGAAAGAAUUAUAAGCACAAUAAGGAUGAACUGGUUCAAAGAAUGUAUAGCCUGUUUAACAGCUCCAUCUUUGAUAAAAAGCUGCCAGAGAAGAUAGACAUAAGCUGGAAUAAAAAGAUGCUUAGUACUGCUGGCUUUUGCACAACUUGCGAGAUCCAGAACUCUCAAGAGAGACGCUAUGCCAAGAUUGAGAUUUCUCUGAAAGUCUGUGACUCUGCAGACCGACUCCGGGACACGUUGAUCCAUGAAAUAUGCCAUGCAGCUUCCUGGCUCCUUGAUGGUGUCCGUGAUUCCCAUGGUGACGUGUGGAAGUAUUAUGCCCAAAAAUCCAAUAUGGUGCACCCUGAGCUGCCCAGGGUGACCCGCUGCCAUAACUAUAAGAUUAACUACAGAAUUAAUUAUGAACAUACUCAGUGCAAAUCCAGGGUUGGCCGCUACACCAGAUCAUUGAACACCGAUCGCUUUAUCUGUGCUAGAUGCAGGGGAACUCUGGUCAUGUUGCCGCUAACUCGAAAAGAUGGAACCCCCAUUAAACCACAUGUGAGACAAUUUGCCAAAUAUGUGAGGGAGAAUUAUAAUGCAGUUAAGCAUGAGGUGGAAGGGAUCAGCCAUGGGGAUGUGAUGAAAAAGCUCAGUAAGGAUUAUGGUGCCAAAAAACAACAGCAAGAUCCUUGA